AUUGAGAGCGAUUAGUAAAAGUUAGUAGUUAGUCUCAACACAUAUUUGAGGCCAGAGAAAGUAGCCGCGUCUCUGGCUUGUAUUGCCUUGUCCGCUUUUGGCGCACCAGUUCCAGUUCUUGUAUUCAAGUGUUCCGAGCCUUCCUCUCCCCCUUCUUGAUCGGCCUUUUUUCAUGUCUUUGUAAGUGAGAGCUCCUUCAGAAAUCAGUGUUAGAACUCUUUGGAAGCUCAAAGCGAUUGCUUGUUGUCUCCUCCGAAGGAUUACCUCCAAUCUGUUCUUGUCUGGCCCAAGAAAAGGAUCCAAUUUGGAACCACCUCCCUCCUUCAGAUGGACUGACUCCGUGGACUAACUGAUUGAUUGACUGACUGACUGACUGACUGACCUACCGAUAAGCUGACCGACCUUCCCCGAGUCAAGCAUGAAUCCCGAUGUCGACACGAUCCUCGCCCCAUGGUCCCAUCUUGAUCCGCCGAUAUCCGCCCACUGCGACCUUCUCGUGUGGACUGACCCUCGAGAGCAUGGUCCGCCAUCGCACCUUCGUCCUGUUCCUCUUGGGAACGGUGAGUGCCACGUUCGUGCUCAUCUCCAUGAAUCGGACCCCCAGAUCCGGCAUCGAUUCUUUCGUGGUGGAGACGCAGAAUCAGCUCCACAACUUGAAGAAGAACUUCGAGCCCGAGAAGAGCAUUCUGAGUGUGAGCGAUGACUUUCUCGAGCCCUUGGGCCUCUUGGGCCCCUCUGAGGGCCUGUGGCCUAAUGCCAGUUGGCGUGGGGUUUAUAACAAUGCCUCCGAGCCCGUGAUCGUGAGUGCCGUGAGCAAUGGCCGCGAGGGCGAGGCCGUUCAUUUCGUACGUAACACCCAAUUCAUCCUGCCCAACUUGACCGUGAUCCUCUAUGACUUGGGUUUGACCCGCAACGGGCGGGACUUGCUCAGCCAGUAUUGCAACUCUUCGUUGUGCCUCAUCCGAGACUUUGAGUUCGGGAAGUUCCCGGGACACGUGUCCAAUUUGAAAAUCCACGCCUUCCGACCGCUGAUCAUUCAGGAGACGCUGAAGGAUGCGGGAUGUGUGCUCUGGCUGAGUAUCGAUCAGCGCUUUACCCAAAGUGAUCUUCAGCCUUAUCUGCAACAAGCCCGAGAGUCCGGGGUCCUGGCUUGGCCGCAUUCAGAUCGACGGGUGCCCACUUCCAGCAUGACCCAUCCGAAAAUGUUCACCCGUCUCGGGAUCAAAGACCUCGAGAACUUCAACUUUCAACACAUGGUCGACCUCAAGGCCCUUCUUUUGUACAACCUUCACGACACUCACGUGAAUCUCAUGGGGCGUUGGGUUCGAUGCUCGCUCAUUGACGACUGUAUCGAGCCCUUGGGCGCCCAAUCCACGGGAUGUCGGUUCGACAAGAAGCCACAAUAUCGGUACUCCGGCUGCCACGCCUACGAUGUCUCGGCUCUGAACAUCAUCUUGGGUCAAAUGUUUGGCUUCAAUGAAGGCCGAUACGUGGCCAAGGCCGAGCCGUUCUUUGUCCAAAUGGGCGAUGAAUCCGAGGAAGAGACCGAUCUGACCCUCAAUACUACGUUACCUUCGCCGAAAUCCGAGGAGGCUUCUCAGUUGCCCGCAGAAUGGAGAACUUCCUCCACCCGAUCUAGUCACUCUUUACGGAAACGAGGGCGAAAACGCCGAUCCCUGAGUAACGCCAACAUGGACAUUUGAAGUGCCAGGAUAAAGUAUGUUUUUUGAUCAGUAUUGUCGUCAUUGUCCCCCUACCCCUAUCCCAUUCUUUUUGGAUCUUGUCAGAAUGACUAACAGAUGCGUCAUGAAGGUGUGAAGGCAUUCGCCAAAAAAAUCUCCCAUUGUCUCGCCUGAAAAUUACGUCAGAUCUGAUUUUUUACGUUUAUUUCCAUCCGACUACCAAUACUACUGCUUUUUAGGUUUUCAUCUGUGCCAUCAUUACCACGUCCCUACUGAGAAUGAAUGUAUUUUCUGCCAUUGAUUUUACAUCAUCUUCUCGAACAUCAAACAUGUGAUAUUUACCGAGUAAAAACUAAAAAAACUACAAGGAAUUUAAAUAGGA